AAUAUUUCAAAAUGGAGUCGGGAAAAGGAGUUGAAAACGCUCAAGACAAUGUUAAAAAGAAACGAAAACGUGUGAGUAAGAAGUCUAAGCGUAGCUGGAGAAAACAUGUUGAUAUUACAGAGAUAGAAGAACAUUUGGAUGAAGUUAGACGACAAGAAAGGACCGGGUAGGUUUAGAAAUGAAUGAAAUAAAAUCUCCCUGAUUGACCGGCUGGUUCGGCUAGAAUUUGAAGUAGAAAACAAUUGCAAAACUUAAACAUACAAACUAAACUCGUUCAAGCCGUUGUUUGCAUACAAAGAUGAAUAGUUUCAGAUAAUAAAAAAAUAUUGUCUAUGCAGGCUGUUCUAAUCUGAUAGCACUUCUAAUCUGAUCAAAUCCUGAACAUUCAGUGUAGAUAGACAGUUAAUAGUGCUAUUCAUAAAAGAUUCGGAUUGAUAGGGAUACAACUCAUAGAUAUCUUAUAUACACUAGAUAGCACAUCCCUUUUAGUAAAAUUGAAGCCAAGAAUAUUCCAGCGGUUACCCCCAUUUGAAUAGAUGGCGGCCAUGUUGGAGUUUCCCACUCGCUAAUAAAUGCUUAAAAAACAACAAUAACUUUCAUCAUUUGAAUACUUUGAAAAUGUAUUUGGAAUAGGUUUAACUUAAUGUUUAAGUUCCCUGUUUAAGAAAUAGAAAACAUACAAGUCUUCUCAUUUCAUGGAAAUAUCCUGAGUCUGCAAUCACAGCUUCAAUUUUUGAAUUGCAGAAUAAUUAGAGAUGCACUAUCUAGUGUAUAUAAGAUAUCCAUGAUUCAACUGCAUAAAAAGUACAAGGAAAACUUCGACGUUUCGAGAGAAGACCCUUUGUUGGCAGAGAAGGCCCUUUGGCUAUUGAUUUCCCAACGAAGGACCUUCGCUCAAAACAUUGCAGUUCUCCUUGUAUUUUUUAGGUACCUAGUUGGAUCCUUAUCAACUGAAGUUUUGUUCCAAUUUGUUCAGGCAAAUCCAGCAUUCAUGUUGAACCUUGAAAGCUUCAAAUGUUUGGUUAAUACAAACAUGACAUUUAUGCACAACCACAGACAACGAUUUUCUCUGAGACCGUUCAUAUUUAGACGCAAAUGACGGUGUGUUCUGAUUUAGCUUUAUUUCGCUUUUAGCGGCGUAAUAUCACUGAAGAGGAGCGAAGAAUUAUUUUAUGUUGAUAAAGACAAUGACGAGAUAGAAAAUGGUAAACUUGACUAAAUACUCUUGUUCACCACAAGAAAUAAAAUAUACAGUAUCAGCUUUGGUACAUUUCAUAUCUAAGGUCUGUAGUGUAUAUCUAAAAUUGCAAACAAUUUAAAAAGUAUUCAAAUAAUUAAAUUAUUGCAGUUUGAUUGAGUAGAUGUUUGACUGAGUACCUAAGAUACUACUGUAUUUUAUAGAAAUUUAGAGCCAUAUUUUAAAAAAAAUUGCACAUCAUUUUUUCUCAACUAUUUCGAACCCUGGUUGUAUUUUCUAGAAGCAGGAGAAAGCAAGGUUUCUAAAGUUCUGACAGGAAAGAAAAGAAAGUUGAAAAAAGAUGACAAUUCAGAUGAGUCUUCAGAUGAUGAAGCAAGAACUGCCGCCAUCAAGAAUCGCAAAAAUAGAACACAGAAAACUGGGGUGUAUGAUCUAUGGGCCUCCACCAGUAAUGGUGUGUAGAUAAGACAGCAAGCUUAAACGAGCGCACUUUUUGUCAACACGGAUAUGUGUUUGUAUCAGUUUGUAGUAAUCUUCAACACAUUUGCUUCCCCGUAUGAGUGCUAUGAUGCAAAAUGCCACCAAAAUUAGUUAUACGGUACCAAUUUUUUAGUGACGGGCGUGUUGACAAAACUGGUGCAUGCUUAAGCUGGCUAGUAUACUAUGCAUAACCCUAGAUAUACCUACUAAUACAUGUUCCUUACUGUUUCAAUUCAUUUUGUACUUUGAAUGUUUGUAUUUUAUGUAGAUAAUUCAAAAGAAGAUGAAGCUGUAGAAAAUGAGCAUUAUUUGAAAAUGACAAAGAAAAAAGCUGUCAAGGUAUUAAUAUUAAUGAUACAAGUGUGUCUUUCCAGUGCAAGAAUUAACUUGCUUCAUAUUUGUUAUCCAGCAACCAAAGACUGCCUACAAAGUGAGAAGUACGGCACCAGCGUUAGCUGUCUGUCAUCCUGGAGCAUCUUACAACCCGACAUUUGAAGACCAUCAGGUAGGAACAUCAUGUCAUCUUGGCUGCAGAGUUUUCAUGAUUAAGAAGUGGGUUUUACCUAAUGUCACAUACAUGAAAAUGAGGCUCUAUAACCAAAGAGACAGAAGGGUGUAUUCUGUUGGUCCCACCAUACUUAACCAUAGUGCAGAGAUGCCGAGAAGUUGCACAGGACGCAGGACAAAAGUUUCCCGGUGUGGUUUUAUUGCAUAUGUAUUAUCUGGCACUGUGGAAGCUAGCAUUAAGACAUUUUAAGAGCCUUCUUUUGGGGCCCUUUAUGAGGUAGGAGUCUGGAACAAAAUGCCCUCUGCCUUCCCCUUAACCCCACCCCCUAGAAUCUCUCUAACCCCUCUAAUAAAGUAGUGUUCACCCACCAAAAUUUCGCUUCACCCACCAAAAUUUUGCUUCACCCCUUGUGUGAAAGUAUUUAACCCUAACCCCUGCCGAAGCUCUCUCAGUGGUGCCGCUUGUACCCCCACAAGAAAUUUUUCCACCCUCCUUUACAGAAAAUGAAAAUCCACCCUUGUCCUUCCCUCUCCUCUUCGUGGGGCCAUGUCAUUACUGUAAAGUUCUGAAAAGCUUGUCAUGUUAUGUUCAUCAAACAUGUAUUCCUCACUAUUCUUGUUCUAACUUUAGACAUUGUUGCAUGCUGCGUGUGAGGUGGAGAUCAUGAAGGAGAAAGAGAUUGAGAAAAUCAAGAGACAGUUGGCGCUGCCGUCUGAAGAAGAGUUAGCAAAACUUGUAAGUCUUCUUGCUAAGAUCCUACAUGCACUGGAUGUUGUCAUAAUCUUGUCAUGAUCUUGCACGAACUUGCCAACAUUGGCAAUUUUGACAAGGUUUUUCUAAGCAAGAUAUUUGCCAAUAAGGAGAUUCUGCAAGCUCAUAAUUUGACCAAGUAUCUGUAUCUCUUGUGAUUAUUUGCCUCUUAAUACAAAACUAGUAUUUACUAUGAAAGGACUCCUCUCUCAACUGAUAACUGCACAUUGAUCACCAUCUGCUGUGCAAUAAUGUUUUGUGAAACCCACCUAUUUAUUUGUGACUGAAUUAAGUCUGGUUAACACUAUCAAAGUUUCUGUGAUCACAGUAGGAAUUUUGCAUGGGUGAAUUCUAAGUUUUGAAGGAUUUGUAAGAAAUGUUUGAGGGAACUUACUCAGUGUUUAACAUUAAGUCAUUUCCUUCAAACAGUUCUUACAAAUCCUUCAAAACUUAGAAUUUACCCAUGCAAAAUUCCUACUGUGAUCACAGAAACUUUGUUAGUGUACACCAGGCUUUAAGACCUGACAUUUGUGAUUUUCAUUUUCUGCAGCCAAGUUGGGAGGAGGAAAUGAGUCAGGGAUUGUUUGGUGAAGAAAGUGAUGGCGAAGGUGGAGAGGAUAGUGAUGAUGGUGAUGAUGAUGAAAGUGGAACGAUGCUGCCUGCUGGUGGUAGUAAGGAAAGGAAAACUGCAAAAGAAAAACGAAAAGCAAAUGAAAGAAAGAAGGAGGUGAAUGUUAUGAUGUUUCUUUAGGGAGAAUAAAGUUAUCCAGUAUAAAUAAAUUCAUUUUAGUACUUGUAGUAACACUGGAGCAACAAGAGAUUAUCCUUACAACAGUUUAGAACUGAUAGAGCUAUCCAGUAUAAAUAAAGUUAGUUUAGUUUAGGUUUUCUCCUGUAGUAACACUGGAUCAAUAAGAGAUGAUCCUUACUGGACCUCUAGGAAGAACAGUUUAGAACUGAUAGAGCUAUCCAGUAUAAAUAAAGUUAGUUUAGUUUAGGUUUCCUUCUGUAGUAACACUGGAUCAAUAAGAGAUGUGAGAUGAUCGUUACUGGACCUCUAGGAAGGACAUUUUAGAACUGAUAGAGCUAUCCAGUAUAAAUAAAGCUAGUUUAGUUUAGGUUUCCUCCUGUAGUAACAUUGGAUCAAUAAGAGAUGAUUCUUACUGGACCUCUAAGGAGAACAGUUUAGAACUGAUAUAGCUAUCCAGAUAAUUUUACUUUGAUUAAAUUUGUAGCAACAUUUUGUGCUCAUUUCAGGAACAAAGUUCAAAACUGCAGCGUAAAGAGAAAGUGAAAGAGAAUGAGGUGUUCAGGUGAGUUCAAGAUAGAAUGAUUCACAAAUGAGAAAGAUUGUCAGAAUAAUAUUAUCCAAUGUUUUCGUUUCAGAGUGAAAUCUCUAAAAAAAUUAAUGAAGAAAGAUGCUGAAAAAACAAAAGAAAGGCAGGAGAAAAAGCAAAAGAAACUCGUUGAAGCUUCCUCAAAACCUCAACGCUUAGGAAGACAAAAGUAUCCUCUUGUAGAAACCUGUUAAAAUCUGCUGUAAAAUCUGAAUUGUUUUCUGGCUUGAUAUUUCAUCAGACAAGACUGUAGGCGCCAACUUGAAAUGUAGGCACUAACAACAAGAACGAAAUCCAUUAGCAUAGCUGGAAAGAGCAUCUUAAAAUGAGGAAAAUAUAGCCCUGUGAAGUUCGCACGUUUUGUAUAUAUUUGUAUUACACGAGGGAAAAAUAACCAUUUUUGAGCCGAAAGUGAUUAUUUUUACCGCGCGCAAUACAAAUAUAUUCAAAAUUUGCGAACUUUACAGGGCUAUAUUAUCUUCAUUUUACAACAUUUCGCAACCAAUCUUUGCAGUUUUACUCAUUAUAAGACGCUCGUUCUAGCUGUGAUAUUGGAUUUCGUUCUUCCUGCCUUGAUCAAAAUUUAGUCUAUAAGUUGGAAUCACCCAUUUAUUUUGAAGUGUAACUUUAUUAAAAUCUUAACUUCAAUCUAAAGAUUUGAAGAAAUGAAUAUUGAAAUUCAGUUAACUGACGAGGUCUCGGGGAGCUUACGAAAUAUGAAGGUAAGAAAUAUUUAUGUUGAGUAAUGUUCUACCAAAAACUUGCCAUGCAUCAAGCUGGAAACGAAACAAAAACCAAGUAUUAUUUAAUGUUUUUGUAGCCAGAGGGGAACCUCUUUGAGGAUCGUUUUAAAAAUCUACAACGACGAAAUAUCAUCGAACCCAGAAGACCUGUCAUGUAAGUUAUUGAUUGAUUGAUUGAUUGAUUGAUUGUCCCUGGAAACGCACAAGUUGUAACAAACCUGCAGCAGACUUGUAGCAAUGCUGUUCCAACAACUUGUCAACAGGAUGUGUUCGCACUGCUUGUUCCCAGCUUGUUGACAACUUGCUACAAGGUUGUUAAGCUCAACAGACUUGUUACAAGUUGUUCCAACAACUUGUUAUCGUCCUGCAAUUCAACAAUUUGUCAACAAGUUGUGAGUGACAAGCUUGUAGCAACUUGAUAAAAUAACAGCAUUGUUACAACUUGUUGACAAGCUUGCUACAAGCCUGUUGCGAACACAUCUUGUUGACAAGUUGUGAGAUUUUUACAUGUGUAGCCAGCUUGUCAUGAUAUUGUUAAUUUUCCUCUACUAGGCCGCAUCGUAAGUACAAGUUAAAGGAAUAUGAGAAAAGAUCGUACAAGAAUUUUAAUCUUCAAGAAAAACUGAAGAAAAAGAAAAAGUCGUGAGCUGAGGUCAGUAAUGUUGUGUGAAAAUAUCGUUGCGUUCAAAAGUGGCGUUGUGUCCAAACUUGUCCUUUCAAAACACGCGGUUAUACUCUGUAAUGUCAUGCCUUUUGAAAUUGGAAACUUGCGUCGCUGAUUGAAGUUGUACAACGUUUUGUGAAAACAAAGUCGUGAGUUUCACAAAUAUCAAAACUGAAAGUAUCUGAAACUAUAGGUAGUGGAAUUGUUUGAAAACAAAGUCUUGAGUUUCACAAAUAUCAAAACUAAAACUAUAGGUGGCAUUGUUUGAAAACAAAGUGGAAAACAUUAGGAACAAUGAAAAAUAUUAUAGUCAGUGCAGCAUGAAGCAAUAUGAAUGCGCUGUUAGGCCACAUAAAAUAAAUUCCUUGAUUCCCAUCACCGCCCGACUGUAUUUUAAGAGCCGCGUGAAAUUUUUUUUAUAUUUUGUUAUACAAUAUAAAUGUACCGCCCGACAAAAUAUUUCAAGACAGUUAAGUUUUUUAUAUUUUAUAUUGGGUUUUUAGUGCCAUUUUAAACUGCCAAUUUCAAACAAAUAGAACCUGAAAGAAAUUUCAUUGCAGUUUAACGGAACUUCGCAUUCAGUUCAAGGGCCAGUGAUUGUUCGUGGAGAAAUAUGCCUUAUUUCAGUUUGUGACACUUUUAUAUUUAUUUAUAUAUAUUAAAUUAUAUAAAUAUAAAAUAUAAAAUAUAAACCUCCCGCCUCUUCGACAGUUUCAAAGUGUAGUGAUGAGAAUCAAGGAAUUUAUUUUAUGUGGCCUUAGUGUGGCGUAUGCUCGUGUCUCUGAUUAAAAAAACGUCGCGCUUCACGGAACGCUGUAUGCGUCUAGGAAAUCUCGGGUGCUAGGCCGAUGAAACGGGAGAUUAGUAGUUCCAUUUAUUAGUUAUUACAUUUCAUAUUUUAUUGGUGCGUUUGGGAAAGAUCACAUCUUUAUUAUUUUGUUAAAAUUUGUAAAAUAUUUGGUAAAUAUUACACAUCUAUGAUGCAAUAUGAUCUAUGAUAUAAACUCUAAGAAAGUACAUGCGCGCUAAUUCUCCAAGCAAAGCAGAAUCUAAUUUGUGCAACACGCGUUUAUUUUGUGUUAGUAACUUAGUAUAAUUACAGAGGUGAUUAUUGAAAAUUCUCCACGCUGUGAGGCGUUGAGGUGAUUCUAACGCGAUAAUCACCUAAGCGAUUUUCAAAAUGGCGGCCGAAGCCGUUUCGUCAAUUAAAUGACGAAAAUUUGUGUAUUUUUCCCCAAAAUAAUCAGACACCUAUGAAAUUAUACUAAAACAAUUAUUCACAUCAGGCUCGGUGAUUAUCGUGAAUAAAAACCUUGACUUUGUCUCGGUUUUUAUUCACCGAUAAUCAACUCGCCUUCGGCGAAUAAUUGUUAAUUAUUGUACAAUGCGACGUACAGUCUACUUUGCAGGAGAUAGACGUUGAUUUUAAAAUCAACUUAUCGUUUGUGCUGAAGCGCUAAUAUAAAAACUAUGCAGUUUGGAAUGAUUUGAUCCACAAACCAAGUUCCAUUUUGCCUGCGCCAUAUUGGCGACCUUGACAUCUAUCUAAUCUGGUAGUUACAGUAUCUAUAAUACAUAGUAUAUAAAUAAUGUGUCUCAAAUCAUUUUUCCCCGGGGUCGACACUUUUCCCCGGGGUCAUUUCCCCGCGUGAUUCGCCCACGGUUUUAAGAACACGCCUUUAUUUCCGGGGUUAUUAAUUCGUAACAGUGGGAGUUUCUGAUCUUUCCCGUCGCUGCCAUCGUCACUACAGCCGUUGAUUGUAAUUGCUAUCUCGCUGAGAGGAACGCUCUGUGGUCUAUCAUCACCAGGUAUAUCCCCUGAUGACAAGAAAUUAUCACUGUUCAUGCUAUUAAGACUAUUCUGAUAGUUCCCUUGAAGAAUAUCAUUCAACUCAGAACAACUCUUCGCGAGCCUUGGCUUGGAGUAAGCUGAAGGAUGUGACGGACAUGAACAAUUGUUAGUUUUGCUAUCGUUCUUGUCCUCGUUCGGAUGUUUCUCACAACGAUGGAAACAGACAAGAUGUAGUUCUGCAUUUGAAGUACAUUUCCUUGUGCUCCCCAGUCUUUUACUAAGUUUCUGUCUGCGUCUCAAAGACUUUACUGAUUGUUUCACACAAUUUGGUAUUGACGAGCCACUGUCGUAUAGUGUUGACGAGAAACUCCGAGAACUGAUCGAACCCGGGGCGACUGCGCCCCGACGCAGGUAUAGUGGAUACGUGGAAUGUACGUCUAGUUGCAGCGCUCCUGCAGAGGCCUGGGCCUGCCUCGAGUGAUGUGUGAUCGCACUGAACAUGCGCGAGAUUGAGUUUGUCAAAAACGAUUUUUUUAACCGCUUGCCUACUGCAGGCACUUCCAAGAAAUCAAAAUUACAUUCUCGGAAAGAUGGUGUUAGAUCAAGGUCUGUGUCUUGAGCGUUCGCUGAGUUUUGGUGCGUAGAAUUUGAACCGUUUGGACGUCUGUCGCUAAUGCUUGAUCUAUGCGAGGAAACAUCAGUUUUGUCAUUGUGGUCUUCCGUUAAACAUUCCAAACUGCUUUUAGUUGUAGUUUGUUCAUAUUUCCUGGCUAUUGAGUUGCAGCUGUAGCUGGAACUGGCGUGAGGUAACCCGGCCUUCUUCGCUUUCAAUGACGUAAGCUCUUUCGAGAGCGGUUGUUUCUGCUCAGCUUUAGGUGGUAAGUUUAGCCUCGCCUUGGCAUACGUGUAGAAUAACGUGAAGUUCGUUCCAAGGACAGAUACAGGAAGAGCUAUGACUAACACACCACACAUAGCACAACAACAACCCAGGAUUUGUCCCAUCCAUGUGCGAGGCUGAAUGUCGCCGUAACCUACCUGGGGAGAAAACAAACGCUUUGUCAGUACUGCCUGCCCAGUUUUAUUGUGAGAGAAG